UAUCUCUGCGCGAUUCUAAAUCUGCCUAACUUAACUAGCUAGUCAACACCCGACGUUUAUAUUUGUAUACACAUUACAUUGUAUAAUAAUAAUAAUAAUAAAUAUAAUGUGUAAAUUUUAAAUAUCUUCAAGAUACAAUUUAUUACACAUAUUUUUGCCAAAACACUUCUUGUACUUGUUAGACUAUUUCUUCCUCUUAUUCCUUCGGGCCAAUUCGAGACGCUUUCAAACUUAAACAAUCUUGCCAACAAUCAUUUUUAAUUUUUACUUGUUUUUUAUUUUUACAUCUGUGAUAAGACCGUCACUUACGUCUUUACCUCCGUCACCUGGAAUUUUUAAUGAUGUAAUCCAUAAUCCCACAGUACAAAUAUCACAAGUGUAUCAACAUAUGUCAGUAAAUCUGCGUUGCAAAAAAAAAAAAUUCAAAUUUUCCAAAUGUUUGAACGUAAAAUAAGUUAACAAUUUGGAAAUCAUGUUCGAAUCGCUGUCAUCAUUAUUAUCACCGUCAGUGUUAAUCAAAAGAAGAAAAAAGUUUCACAUUAACAGCAAAAGUUUUAAAAAACAAAUUAAGAAUUCGUUAAAUGAUGAAUUGCAUAAGCGCGAUGUGUGCGCAUCCGGGAACAACGUCCACUGGGUCGUCAAGGAAGAUAAUUUAUACGAUUUUGACCGGGCAUGUACGUCAUCUAUCCGGCCGACGAGCUUCUCAGAAUCUACGAUAAUCCUAUCCGUCGUUUUUCAUUGACUUGUUCGUAUACUACUUCAGUACAAUCUACAUCUCCAUCUCCAUCUUCGUCACCAGUUACACCUGCAAUUGAAAAAUCACAUCAUGACAAUGACUGCCUUGACGGAGAAGAAAAACCUAAACAGAGACAAUUAAGAACUUUUAAAAAUUUUAGUGAUAAACAGAAAAAUAAAAAAAAUAGUAGUAAUAGUACAUUGAGCGUUACUUCUGAACAGUGUAAUAAAAAUAGUAAAAAUAUAAGAAACUUUAGUAUAAGUAAGAAGUUAAACAGUUCAGUGAGUAGUAAAAAAAAAUUAAACAGCCCGAUUAUGCAAAAUCGAAACGGUGAAGAGGGUAAUAAUCCCUUUAAGGAUCUGACACAUGCCACUCUCAAUGAACCUCUCAAACAACAUAAUGGCAAUGCUCUUAAGCUUGUACAAACUGUUUCCGACUUCGCUCAGGAGUUCGGGAGCGCGAUUGAGAGUCACGCGGCCAAUGUACGUCGACUUGUCGACGAGUUCCGCGGGAGGUCGAGCGAAGCUCGGAACGACGCUGGCAGCGGCGGAAUGCGACGUAUUUGGGAAAGCCUCCUACGGCAAAUUGAAGCUGACGCUGCAGCACAAUUGGACCUUGCUGCUGUUCUCCAACAACAAAUUUCACGGCCUGUUCAAGAAGCCGGUUUUUAUCGGAAAAUACAGUCACGAAAAGUGUUUGCGCACCGUGAAGCGUACGAGCAAGUGGUGAGCAAGACGGAGGAGAAGCUACAGCGCGCAAGGGUCGAUUACAAACGCGCAUAUGGUGCUCUUUUGAGUAUUAACGAGAGCACAACAAGCGAACAGGAACAAAACAAUCUAAAACGAGGUUACUUUGAAGCUCACAAUGCCUACGUACUUCAACUACGUGCAACCAAUGCAAUUGCCGAGCGUUAUCAGUUUCACUGUCUGCCAGCCCUGCUCGGCGAAAUAGCUGAGGUUUACGAAGAACUUUCUGGGCUUACGUGCGGAUGCGUUACUAGAAUUGCCGAAGCUGCCGGAGAACGUGUCACUGAACAAAAUAAACGUUAUCAAGCAAUUGUCAAAGAAGCUCAAAAUGUCUCUGCUCAAAACGAUCUACAAGUUAUUGCUAAAAAUCUUGCGAGCAGCACAACCCCCAGAAAACCACCGCGACGGCUGUUCGUACCCCCGUCACCACCCGAACAGAUUCCAAUGGAAAAAAUUAAUCAGGUGCCUGCCUUGAGGGAUGAAUUGGUACCGACUGGAAUUAACAGUCAACCGAAUCUUGAUGAUUUGCGCCGCGAGGCUGAUUCUCUUACACUAGAAAUUGGAAGGCUUCAGGAUUCUUUAGAUGCUCUGAUGCGAAUGCAACGCAAAAGUGCUGAGGGUAAUCUUUUCACAAAAGCGGCCGAGCUUCAAGAAGAUAUCUCGAUGAAACGUUUCGAUUUAGGAGUUGCCCAUUUGCACUUAGCCGCAGUCCAAGCCCAGAAAGAGUUGUUUGGAGCAGGUGACGUAGGACCACCAGACGGCAUGAGCAACCGGAAGAUGUCCAAUGGAUCCACCGGAAGUACCAAGCACAAAUGGCUCAAAGCCUUCAAAAGCCUCAAGACAAGUUCACCCACUACUCCACCAACAUCCGACAAGCCGGGAAAGGGAGCGAUGUAUCAUGCAGUCUCGACAGUCGUUGCCAUGUCCAGGAAAAACUUGGAGUCGGAAGGAGGUCACCAAUGGCGCGAGUACACAUACCGGAAAAUAACUCCAUGUGAUGCCUGCGGACAGGUGCUGAGAGGGCACAGUCGUCAGGGACUCAGGUGUCGUGGAUGCAAAGUAAAUGCUCAUGCGGAUUGUAUAAAUCUAGUUCAACCAGCGAAUUGUCCAAGUCUUGCGCCAAAACGUAGCGGUGGUAUUCCGCUGCUAAGACGACAGAGAACUUCCGCACCACCUGUCGACGAAACUGCCUCGACCGAGCACAGCAUUGACGCUACGUACCAGGUGCUCAAGCAGGCGGGUGAGAUCCGUGGCAAUUCAACAAACUCACCACCUACGCCUCCUACUGGAGAUCAUCUUUCCUCUGGAGCGGCUCCUACAUCGAGGAUUAUUUCAUCCCACCCUUCCUCGUCCACCUCUGCUCCGCAUAGUCCACAACGUCGGCGUGAGCGAUUGAAUCUGAGGAUGAAGAGCCUCAGUUUGGAUUCACCCGAGGGGACGGCUCACGUGAGGCACAGGCCCAGGGACUACUACCAGGGCCAAAAGGACUCGACGCCACCGAGACACUCCGAUAGCGGCAGUAUAAAUCGUCUGUCUCCUUGCAGUUCAGGUCACGGACAGCCGGUUCAACGACAAGGACGCGGAGCCAUCAGGAUGUCAAGUAUGGAAUUGCCGGACGACAACGACAAAUCUUAUUCAUCUGCCAGCACUUCACCCUGCCCGUCGCCGCACGCUAACAAUCAGAACCACUUGAAUUUGCCGGGCAAACGAGUGCUACCAACAAACAAUCUUUACGUCGUAUUGUACAAUUUUGACGCGCGUCAUCGAGAUGAGCUUGACCUCAAAGCCGGUUAUAAAAUAACAGUUAUUGAUAAAUCGGAGAAAGAUUGGUGGAAAGGUAAAUGUUUAGGUGGCAGAGCUGGUUAUUUUCCAAGCGCGUAUGUUAUGAAAAUAGAAUCUGGUCAAAAAACACAUCAAGUUACUCGUAAUCUUCAACUAUCUGAUCAAAUAACACUUUUACGCGAUCAAAUCGUCAUCCAAGUAAGCGAACCAGUUGACGGUGUCGCGAUGGUACGAUGCGCAGCGGACACAAGAUCAUCCGGACACGUUACCGAGGAAGGUGAUGUGAGAUUUCGCGAAGUUCUCUGCCCUCUUAAAUUUCUCCAGGAAGUGUGA